AUGAGUGAAAAGAAAGUCAGAAGGAAGAGAAGCAUUAUGGUGAUAAACGAAAAGGGAGAAGCUGUGAAUAUUGAGAAGAAGCCAAGAGAUGUUGAAGGAGUUGAGAAUGUAAAUGCAGUGAGUGGAGGAGCAAGUAACGCAGUAAGCGAUGCGAAAGAUGGUCUUGCGAGUGGCAAGGAAAAUGAAAUAAUGAAUAAUGCAAGGAAUGGAGCCGAUGAUCAGAAGAAUGCUAGUGCAAUAAGGAGUGGUAAAGAGGAAGCAAGUAAGAAAAUCACAGAAGAAAGUAAGCUGAUGAAUAGCGAUAAGCAGCAUGAGAAAGAUGGUGAAAGUAAAAGUGAAAGCAUCGGUAAGAAGGCGGUGAUUAAUGAACAGCAUAACAAGGAGUAUACUGUUCCGAAAGAUGGCGAAAGAUCAGAUCAUUUGGGUCCAGAAAUGCCAUCGGAUGGAAAGACAAAGUAUGUAGGAAAGAACGCAGUGAAAGAAGGUGACGAAUCAAGCAAAAGAGAAGAAAUAUUUGUGCCUCCAGUACUGCUUUUGAAUGAUGCCAACAUCAAUUCUGAGAUAUUCAAGCAAAGAGAAGAUGGAGAAGUUGUGGCAGAAGGAUGGAUCUGGAAGAAAAGGCAGUUCUUCAGCUGCUUUUGGCAUCAAAAGUACUUUGUUCUCACAAAGGAUGGGAUACUUAAGUACUACAAGGUUGAUGGGAUGAAGAAUGCAAAGGGAAAUUGGGACAUCAAGGAGACAAAGGAAAUCAGACACUAUGACCUUGCAUCUGAUGACCGUCAUCCGUACAGGCUUGUGAUAACAGUUAACACAGAUUCGUUUAUCCUAUCAUUUGAUGAAAAGAAUGUCAAGGAAUAUUGGGUGCGUAGGAUUGCAGAAGUUUCCGAGAAGUCAAAGAAUGAAGUCUCAAGGAAUGGCAAUAUCCGUAGCUCAAGGAAAUAA